UAUAACCUUUUCUGCGAGAAAAGAGGCUUAAAUACCGGGAAUUCUUAUGAUUAAAACUGUUUUUCCUCGAUAUUUACUAUGGAAUAGGAGUUUUGCUGUUAAAAACUUUAUCAUUGGAAGCAGGAGAAACCUGUCUAUUCAUGAGUAUUUAUCUGCAAAUAUAUUGAAAGAUUAUGGUAUUAAUGUACCUUCUGGAGGGGUAGCGAAGAGUCCGGAAGAAGCGGUGAAAAUAGCAGAGCAAUUGGGCGUUGGAGAUUUUGUCGUAAAGGCUCAGGUUCUUACAGGAGGGAGAGGAAAAGGUGUUUUUGAUAGUGGGUUAAAAGGGGGUGUAAAAGUGGGUUUUUCUCCUAAGGAGGUUGGUCAAUACGCAGGUCAAAUGUUGGGAUAUACACUUGUAACGAAACAAACGGGACCAUCAGGAAAAAUAUGUAAUAUGGUUUAUGUUUGUGAAAGGAAAUUUUCAAGGAAAGAGUGUUAUAUUGCUAUAUUGAUGGAUCGUACGUCGUAUAAACCUAUGAUUGUUGUAUCUUCUCAAGGCGGGGUUGAUAUUGAAACGGUUGCUAAAGAAACCCCGGAAUUGAUUUAUACAGUGCCUAUUGAUAUAUCUAAAGGGGUUAGUCAGGAUAUAGCAUCUAGUAUUGCUGAUAAAUUUGGGUUUUCUGAGAAAACUCGGGAUCAAGUUAUUGACAUUAUAUUAAAAUUAUAUAAAGUGUUUAUUGAAAAAGAUGCAACUCAGAUUGAGAUAAAUCCUCUUUCUGAGACGAUAGAUUAUAAGAUAUAUGCCAUGGAUGCUAAAUUUGGAUUUGAUGAUAAUGCAGAAUUUAGACAAACUGAGAUAUUUUCUUUACGUGAUAAAUCUCAAGAAGAUCCUGAUGAAAUCAAGGCAUCUAGUCUUGGGUUAAAUUUUAUUAAGCUUGAUGGAUCAAUUGGAUGUCUAGUAAAUGGAGCUGGUUUGGCUAUGGCUACUAUGGAUAUUAUAAAGCUUAAUGGUGGAGAGCCUGCAAAUUUUCUUGACGUUGGUGGCUCUGCUAGUGCUGAAUCGAUCAAGGAGGCAUUUACUCUUAUUGUUAAAGAUCCUAAAGUAACAACUAUCUUUGUGAACAUAUUUGGUGGGAUCGUGAGAUGCGAUUAUAUAGCACAAGGUCUUGUUUCAGUCAUGAAAGAUUUGAGUCUUUCUAUUCCUAUCGUUGUGCGUUUACAAGGUACGAAAUAUGAGGAAGCACAAGACAUAUUAAAUAAUUCUGGUUUACAAUUUUUUUCUUAUAUUGAUCUUGAUGAGGCUGCUUACAAGGCAUGUUAUUUUAGUAAAAUUAUCAAAUUGUCAAGAGAUAUUGAUGUCGAUAUAAGCUUUAAGCCUUUAUAAGUAGCUAUAAAAUGAAUAGGUUAUAAUAUCUAAAUAAUUAGAUU